UCUGGCUAUCCUCCGCUAUCUGCUGGCCCCCUCCCACCUUUCCUGUGGACGAUAGAUAUUCAGUUUAUUUGUGAUGGAGCCAGUGAUACGGGAUCUUGCAGAGCGCGCACUUCAGAGGCUAGAUCAAGGGUGAGGAUUUGAAGUCGACUUCCUCGUGUCUUUUGCUUGUGUCUGAAGAAGGCAGAUCACAAUCUUGACACGCAUUCAUGGAAUCCCUUCACCACAACGACUCGACAUUUUGCGGCCUUCCAUGUUCUGAAACCGAUGAAAUUGAUGCCAAUGACCGAUCAUGCAUACAUUUUGCAAUAAUAACACAAGACGCCACUCUGGACGAAUAAUCAUCGGAGUAUGCGGUAUACCCGCAAGCGGCAAAACAACCCUUGCUAAUGCAGUAGUAGGACGGAUUAACGAGCUUUAUAGGGCUGCUCCACACAAGUCACACACAGGGACAAGUGACGGCGCCACUUCUCCGAAUAUCGCCAUCUGCGUGGGUCAGGAUGGUUGGCAUCUGCCUCGAUCUGCGCUGGACAAAUUUGAGAAUGUGAAGCUUGCGUAUGAUCGGCGAGGAGCAGCGUUCACGUUUGAUGGUGCCGCUUUCUCCACCUUCGUGCUCAGCCUCCGAUUGGCAGCCUCAAGUAAGGAUGAUGCCGCUCGUUCAGAAGUGAUUACUUCUUCCCCUAUGAAGCCACAGGACGGGCUAGAAUUGAGUGUGGAAGAACCAGUUCCUCCCGGACAGGAGGUAAAUAGCUCGCCAGUGGCCGGCAUUUUGCCGAGGACGUCCUCUCAUGACCAAUUUGUCGUUCGUGCCCCUUCCUUCUCUCAUACCCUGAAGGACCCAACGCCCGAUGCAAUAUCAAUCUAUCCCUAUCAUCGAAUUGUCAUCAUAGAGGGGCUAUAUACAUUCCUAGACGUGGACCCCUGGGAUGUUGCAGCACGCGCGCUGGACGAACGUUGGUAUAUCGAUGUUGAUGAAGCAGAAGGAAAGAGGCGGCUUAUAGCUAGGCACGUCGUAACGGGAGUUGCCAAGGAUUAUGAAGAGGCCGUCUGGCGUGCCGAAAACAACGAUAUACCAAAUGGACAAUUCAUUAAGGAGCAUAUGCUAGAGCCCACCCGUGUCAUUCGGAGUAUCAAUGACAGGACAAUUGCAGCUCAGAGUGGAACGGAGUAGGAAU